CAGUUACAUUUUCUUAAUUUUCCGAAAAGUUUUCAAGAAAACAGGUCGAAUUCACACGCGCAUCCACCCUUGAAAGCAGUAACACUGACCCAUGUGAGGUACCAAAGAGGAGAUCAAUUGGGCCAUUUCCUGGCAUGGAUUUCCUUAGUCCCAGUUUUCAUUAGUCUUGGUGGGUUCGUUUCUCAUUUCAUUUUUCGCCGCGAGCUUCAAGGCAUGUUCUUUGCGUUGGGUCUGUUGAUUUCGCAAUUCAUCAAUGAAAUUAUCAAGACAUCGGUCCAGCAGGCCAGGCCCGAAACCUGUGCGCUUCUUGAAAUGUGCGAUUCUCACGGCUGGCCCUCCAGCCACUCUCAGUACAUGUUCUUUUUUGCCGUUUAUUUCACGCUUUUGACAUAUUAUAAGAUUGGGAUUUUAGCCAGGAAGCAAUUGUGGGUUGUGGGACUUCUUGUGUGGCCUUUGGCGAUCUUUACUAUGUAUUCGAGGGUGUAUUUGGGGUAUCACACGGUGGCUCAGGUCAUUGCGGGAGCUGCACUUGGGGCGGUGCUUGGUGGAGGCUGGUUUUGGGUGGUGAAUUAUUUGCUCCGGGGCUACUUUCCGACCAUAGAAGAGAGUGCUUUUGGGAGGUUUUUCUAUGUUAAGGAUACCUCUCACAUCCCCAACGUGUUGAAGUUCGAGUACGAAAAUGCUAGGGCCGCGAGAAAACAUGUUUCUUACAAGCGCUCCAGUUGAGAAAUCAUUAAUUCGAGCUAAUCUGGAUUUUUAUUGCUGCUUUUCAAGAGGACAGAAAAAUAAAAGAAUGAAACUGUAUCUCGCCGGCCCGGCUUCUCUAUUUCAAGUAUUUCAGCGCAGUUGCCUAGUUUCAGAAGGGUGGAGAGAGGUCCCGAAUGGCUUACAUAAUUAGAUUUCUAUAUGUCAUGUUCUUCAGGUACUAAGUUUGAAUAUUUAAAUGAUUCUGCAUUGAUGACCUGCUCAAUCAUUUGGUACUUGGAUUAAAGACAAAACUAUAUGUCCAAAUCCGUAGUUCAAAGUUUAAAAUACAUUGUUAUGUGAUCUAUUGCAUUAACAUAACAAGAGACAUUUAUUCACUAGUGUUGAUUAUGAAGUAAGAAGUGUAUUUGGAUAUCA